AUAAUACUCUCUAGCACAUUUUCUAUUGUCGAACUCGAGCGAGUCCAAUCUGUUCUCAGUGGUGAAAGCAUCAAAGUUCGAGCUCAAUUAUCCCCUUCAACAUGGCCGAGAAAGCCACCCCUGGUAUGUCCACCUAGCUCUUGGAUUCAGCCCAGCUAACAGCUUCAGCUUCAGCUCCAGUUCCCACAUACGAGAACUUGCAAGAGACCAACCAACCGAGCAUCAACCAUCCACCUCCGGCAUAUGCGCAGCCCCCGAUGGAAACGAUCACUCCUCCACCUCAGCCCCACGAGCCCUCGUCGCAGAACUUCUACGCGGGGACGCAGACACACCACACGAGCGGGUACAAUAAUGCGACACCCCUGCAUGCGCUUCAACGUGGCCCAGCGCCCGUGGACUGUCCAAGUUGCGGCAGCCGUGAGAUGACGCGAGUGGUAGCGGAGGCGGGCAAUACUACACAUGCAUGGGCCGCAGUGACUUGCAUCUGCUGCUGCUUGGGCUGCAUUCCCUAUCUGAUGUCGUCGCUCAAGGAUGUGCACCACUACUGUGGAAAAUGUGGUGCAUUGCUGGCGACCUGGCACAACAGCGGACGGACGGAUGUGCAUCAACACAACUGAGUGCGCUAAGAUUGACGUUGGGGUGGUUUAUGUUUGGGAAUGAUUAUUGCUUGUUUUGGUGUGCCUGAAUGUUGAUAU